AUGCCGAAUGAUGACACCGUGUUUCUGAUGAACGCAUUCAUUUAUAUCCAUGAACAGAACAUUGAUAGUGCACUUCGACUUCUACAUCAGUCGGACAGUUUGGAGUGUCGAGCUGCGACAGUUCAAUGUCUUUUGAAAAUUGAUCGUGUUGAUUUGGCUCUGAAGGAAGUGAAGAAGAUGCAAGAAAUAGACGAGGAUGCUACUGUGACGCAACUUGCUCUU